AUGAAAACCUUCCCAUCCUCCACCAUUUUACUCGUAUUGGUGGCCCUUUUAGCUACCGUUUUGAUGGUCAACGCCAUUGGAGAAAAUAGAAACUACAUUCAAAACUUAAAGAACAAGAGAGAAAUUAAAUUCAAUAAUCCAGCAAGCACUAUUGGCGGUCUUGUUCAACAUUUAGGCUCCGUUUUGAAGGGAUAUCCAUCAAAAUUGGAAUCAAUUUCUUCAUUGGAUCUCUUUGAAAGACCAUUAGUUGGUAUUGUCCUUUCUCCAUCAAAAUCUAACGAAGUCAAUGAUGUUAUUAUCAAGAAGAUUCAAAACUUGUUUGAAAAUGAUGUUGUUACUACCGUCUCAUCUUUGAAGGAAAUUAAUUUUGCUACUAUCCAAUCUGGUAUUGUUGUUGUUACCCAUGUUGAAAAUGUUGACAAUGAAAUGAAGUUGGCUCCAGAAAGAUCCGAAGUUGUUGUUUUGAAUUUGGAAAAGAAUCUCCAAGUAAUGACACCUGCCCAAAGAUUACUCUUGUCUGUUUAUGAUAUUAACAAUACUACCACCAAUAGUACAAACGUCACUGUGAUUACUGACUUUGAACGUGCUGAUUAUCAAAUGCAAUUGUGGGUUUGGGUCUUUACUAUUGUUUGUGUCAUUUUGGCUAUUUUUGCAGUCAACAAGAUUGACUAUUCUGCCGACCAAAUGUUGUAUGCACUUGAAAUGACAAAGAGUCACCACGACUAAGACAAAAACCUCCACACAAUCUAUUCCUCAAUAAUAAAUAAACUCCUCGAUUAAAUUAUUUUUU